GCCUCUUCCUUUGCUCAAAACGCUCUCUCUGUGAAUUUAGCUGAAACCAACGUUUUGCUUUGUUUUCUAGUAUCGCCCGCUUACUCUCAUUUUCUCAUUUUCUUUUUCUUAACCCACGCAGCAUUUUAAUUCAGCACCAUGAGCGAGGCACGCCAGAUCCAAUCGAUGAUCGACUUCAUCGAGCGCGAGGCCCAGGAGAAGGCGGAGGAGCUCGACGCGGCCGCGCAGGAGGAGUACGACGUGGAGAAGAUGCGCCUUGUGGAGGCGGAGAAGACGAAGAUCCGCGCCACCGCGGAGAAGAAGCGAAAGCAAGUCGACGUCAACCGCCGUGUGGCACGCGCCAACUACUCGAAGAUGCAGCGCCUGCGUGUAAUGGAGGAGCGGGCGAAGAUCAUGGAGCAGCUGCAUGAGCAGACGCGCCAGAAGAUCAUGGCGAAGAUCGCCGACCCGUCCCAGUACAAGGCCAUGCUGACAAGUCUCAUCCACCAGUCCCUGCUGUCGCUCCGCACUGACGCCGUCAUUCAGUGCCGUCAGGAGGACGCGGCUGAGGUGAACCGUCAGAUCCACGAGCUGGAGAAGUGGUACAAGGAGAAGACCGGCGCCUCCAUCUCCAUCCAGACCGGCAAAACUUUCCUCAACUCGAAGGAGGCGUGGGGUGGUGUAGUGGUGAUGUCGGCGGAUGGCCACAUUGUGUGCAACAACACGCUGUCCUACCGAACCGAGACCUGCUUCAACGAGCAGCUGCCGACCGUCCGCUAUCACCUCUUUAACCCUGAGGUGUCGGCAUAA